AUGGCAUCUCGCCGGCAUGUCCGGCGACAGGUGUCUGUAGUCUUCGUCUUAUUGGCCCUAUUGUCCUUGUGGCACCUUCAUUCUCGAGCGGGAAGCGCUUCAGGGGGGCCAGCGGCAGUCAACCCGACGAGCGCGCUUCUUACGAAAUACGUGUCGAAUCGGAGAGGCAGCGGUGGAGCAUGGUAUAUCCCACCGAGCUGGAUAGGGGAACAUGACCCUCAACCAGCUCAGAAUAUCGUCGAGGCGGCGACGCUGGCUCUCAAUGCUUCUCGUCGCUCGCCUGAAAGACAGAUUCCGCACUCGGUCAUCCCGCUGAUCCUCCAUCAGACAUGGAAGGACACCUAUCCCGAGCAAUGGCCAGAGACUUUCCAGAGAAGUACAGAGACCUGGCUUGCGGAUCUUGACCAUGGCAACAUGGCGUACUUCUUGUGGGAUGAUAGCGGAAUCGCUCAAUUCAUGCGGCAUUUCGAACCGGAAAUGGAGAGUCGCUUCUACGCACUUCCGAACAAUGUCGAGCGCUCAGACGUGUUUCGCGUCUUGGUGUCUAAAUGGAUUGGCGGUGUCUAUGGUGAUAUGGACACGGAGCCAACAAAGCCACCGUCACAGUGGAUCGACUCAACCGAUCUCCAACCCUGGCAGGAUCAGGACACGGGCAAGACGUACAGCUCAAGCGAGCCUGUCCGAGCCAUUGUUGGUCUCGAGGCCGAUUGCCGUCCCGAAAGCGAUGACUACUGGCGUAUGGGCUACUUGUAUCCCAUCCAACUCACGCAGUGGUCAUUUGCUUGGGCCCCUGACCAUCCGAUCUUGCAAAGAUUCGUGGACCGUCUCCUUGCCAUGAUCAAAGUGGUCUCGGACGCACACGAAGGACAACUAGAGUCGACCACGGCACAAGCAGAUCUCUACUCCAUCGACACCCUGAACCUGACAGGACCCGUCGCAUUUACAGAUUCUGUUCAGUCGUGGUUGGAAGAUAACCACAGUUUGCGGUGGAAUGCGCUCACUGGCUUGGAUGACGGCGGACUCAGCAAGCUCGUGGGCGACGUCUUAAUUCUGCCAAUCACUGGAUUCAGUCCCGGGAGAAGUCAUUAUGGCAACAUGGGGUCGAAGCCCAUCACCGAUCCCUCUGCUCGUUUGCUGCACCAUGCACAAGGAUCAUGGAGAUCAUCAAGCAUCUUUGUAGAAUACGGCAAGUUUUGCCGCACCGUCUUUGGGCUGUGUAAAGACUGGUCCAAAGUCCCUCAUAAUUGGAUUAUAUAG